CCUGUCCGCCUCGGUUUUGUCUCCCGCCCCCUGCAGGGGCCGCUGGCGGGUGGGUGGGGGUUCGCGAUGUCGGAUGACGAUUCGAGGGCCAGCACCAGCUCCUCCUCGUCUUCCUCCUCCAACCAGCACCCCGAGAAGGACGCAAACACCCCCAAGAAGAAGGAGAGUAAAGUCAGCAUGAGCAAAAACUCCAAGCUCCUCUCCACCAGCGCCAAGAGGAUUCAGAAGGAACUGGCGGACAUCACGUUAGACCCUCCACCCAACUGCAGCGCUGGCCCCAAAGGCGACAACAUCUACGAGUGGCGAUCCACGAUCCUCGGGCCGCCAGGGUCCGUGUACGAGGGCGGCGUGUUCUUCCUUGACAUCACCUUUACGCCAGAAUAUCCCUUCAAGCCUCCAAAGGUGACAUUUCGGACAAGAAUCUACCACUGUAACAUUAACAGCCAAGGCGUGAUCUGCUUGGACAUCUUGAAAGAUAACUGGAGCCCGGCCCUCACCAUCUCUAAAGUCCUCCUCUCCAUCUGCUCGCUGCUCACAGACUGCAACCCUGCUGACCCCUUGGUGGGGAGCAUCGCCACGCAGUACAUGACCAACAGAGCAGAACAUGACAGAAUGGCCAGACAGUGGACCAAGAGAUACGCCACAUAAGCCGGCUCCCAGGUCCUGCGCUAUUUGUCUGUCACAGAAGAGAGCUGCUUAUGAUUUUGAAGGGGCGGGGGAGGGUGGGCGUCGGUAAAGAGUAGGGUAUUUCUAUAACAGAUAUUAUUCAGUCUUAUUUCCUAAGAUUUUGUUGUAACUUAAGGUAUCUUGCUACAGUAGACAGAAUUGGUCACUGCAACUUUGAAAACUGUCCUCAGUUCUGCGAUAUUAGCUGAAACGUAGUACAGAGAAGAAUGUACCUUUAGAUAUUUGGGGUUCAGUCGCUUGUAGUCUGUCCAUUUAAAACAGCUUAAUUUUGUACAGGUUACACACAUGGCCAUUGAUGUCAGGUCCCCCAAGACUAUAUACUUUGUUUUAAAAAAAUGGAAUUUGUUUUCCCUUCCUGGAAGAGAGCAUUGAUAUUUAACAGAGUUUUAGAGACUGUCAUCUCAUAUAUAUAAAAUGGACACGUGGCUGUGAGACACCAUAUAGGAAAUGAGUAGUUAAUGUAUUUUAUUUUAUAUGCCGACCUUCUUUAUUGUUAAGAGUAAAGGUUUGAAUCAGGACUUGUGGGAGCCUGUAGUGAAAUACCUUAAGCUGUUAACUGUAAGGCGUGGAAUAGGAGUCGCUCAGUGGAUUGGGUCUAUGUUGUGGACGACUUCAGUCUGCAUUUGUUACUGUGCUAAUAAACAAUAUUAAAAACAACCACCUAA